AUGUCUGGCGGCAGUUCGUACGCAGGCAGCAGCGCACGAACGACUCUCGGGACGGACGAGGACGUCCAGAGCGACGCGGACAGCUUCUCAGAGCGGCGCAGUCGGCGGAACGAACGCAUGAAUGGCGGUCAGGGCUAUGGCAAGGCUCGACGUGUUCCGCCUGGACUGGGAGGACAAGGUGAGAGUGAGGGAGAGUACGACGAGGGUUGGAGGACGGGCUUGGACGUCGAGGAGGAGGAAAUUCGGCUACUCGGGCAGGACUCUACGACGCGAUCUCCCCCCUCUUCCGCCGCGAAAAAACGCCGUCUCUCGGUUUCGCGAUUGCUCCACCUCUCUUCGCCUCCUUCCUCAAAACCUCGCACCAUCCCCUUCAAUGAUGCGCCCUCUAAGCGCAAGAAGUUGUCAUUCGCGCCCAAUCUCGUCAAGAACCAGAAGUACAACGUCGCGACGUUCCUCCCGCUCGUCCUCUACGAGCAGUUCAAGUUCUUCUACAACCUCUACUUCUUGCUCGUCGCCCUCUCGCAGUUUGUCCCGGCACUCCGCAUCGGCUUCCUCGCGACCUACAUCGUCCCCCUCGCCUUCGUUCUCGCCGUUACGAUCGGCAAAGAGGCGUUCGACGACUACAAGCGCUACCUGCGAGACCGAGCUGCCAAUUCCGCCCUCUACAGCCGUCUCGUCCCGCAUUCCGCCUCGACCCCUCAUUCGCACCAUGCCUCGUCUUCCACGCCCUCUACCGCGCCUCUGAAACCGACGCCGUCGUCAAAUCUCCGCGUCGGCGAUCUCGUCUUCCUCGAGAAGAACGACCGAGUUCCAGCCGACAUCCUCCUUCUCCGUACCUCCGACCCGAGCGGCACUUGCUUUGUCCGCACCGAUCAGCUGGACGGCGAGACGGACUGGAAGUUGCGCGUCGCUGUCGAACGCACGCAGGCGCUGCAGAGCGACGCCGACUUGCUCGAGAUCGAGGGCGACGUCUACGCGGACCCGCCGACGAAGGACAUCCAUACCUUCGUCGGGACCCUCACCCUUCGCUCAAUCCCGGCAUCGCGACGAGAAGCAGGAGCGGAUGGUGCAGGCGACGCACAUCAGGAGGAGGAGGAGGAUCUCGUCGCGGCUCAUCCGGUCGAGCCUUUGACGGCCGAGAACAUGCUUUGGGCGAACACGGUCCUCGCAGCCGGCAACGCCGUCGGUAUCAUCGUCUACACCGGCCGCGAGACUCGCGCCGUCAUGAACACGAGCCAGCCGGGCACGAAGGUCGGUCUGCUCGACCACGAAAUCAACCGCCUCGCCAAAAUCCUCUGCGCCGUCACCUUUGCGCUCUCCGUCAUCCUCGUCGCUCUCAACGGCUUCAGGGGGCAUUGGUGGGUGUAUGUGUUCCGGUUCCUCAUCCUCUUCUCGAGCAUCAUCCCGAUCUCGCUUCGCGUCAAUCUCGACAUGGGCAAGACCGUCUACGCUCACCAGAUCAUGCACGACCCGGAAAUCCCGGACACCAUCGUCCGCACCUCGACGCUGCCCGAAGAACUCGGUCGGAUCGAGUACCUUCUGAGCGACAAGACGGGCACGCUCACGCAGAACGAAAUGGAGCUCAAGAAGCUGCACCUCGGAACGAUGAGCUACGGCGUGGACUCGAUGGACGAGGUUGCGCACCAACUCGCGACGGCGCUUGGCGAGAGCAAGACGAACGCCGGCCCGCAACUCGCGACGGGCGUCACCCUCGCGACUCGAGGUCGCCGCGACAUGAGCUCGAGGGUCAAGGACGUCGCUCUGGCUCUCGGAUUGUGCCACAACGUCACGCCCGUCGUCGACGAGUCAGACGGAUCAAUCACCUAUCAAGCCUCAUCUCCCGACGAAGUCGCCAUCGUCCGCUUCACCGAGUCGAUCGGCCUCACCCUCGCCGCCCGCGACCGCACGUCAAUCACCCUCCGCACGUCCGCCGGCGCGACUCUCUCUUACGACGUUCUCGAAAUCUUCCCCUUCACGUCCGAGUCGAAGCGGAUGGGCAUCGUCGUCCGCGACCGUCAGACGGGCGAGAUUGUCUUCUACCAGAAGGGCGCCGACGUCGUCAUGGCGCGGAUUGUCGCCUACAACGACUGGCUGGAGGAAGAGUGCGGCAACAUUGCUCGCGAGGGCUUGCGGACGCUCGUUAUGGCGCGCAAGCGUCUCAGCGAGGAGACGUGGCGCGAGUUCGAGGAGGCGUACCGUGACGCGCGCGUCAGCCUGGGCGACCGCAACGCUGCGAGCGCGCGAGUCAUCGACGACUUCCUCGAGCACGAUCUCGAGCUACUCGGCGUUACCGGCGUCGAGGACAAGCUUCAGGACGACGUCAAGAUGACGAUUGAGCUGCUGCGGAACGCCGGCAUCAAGAUCUGGAUGCUCACGGGCGACAAGAUCGAGACGGCGACUUGCAUCGCCAUUUCGACGAAGCUCGUCUCGCGUGGCCAGUACAUUCACCAGAUCGCGAAGCUCAAGUCUCCGGCUCAGGCUCGCGACGAGCUCGAGUUCCUGCAGAGUAAGCUCGACUGCUGCCUCGUCAUUGAUGGCGAGUCGCUUCAGCUUUGCAUCGAGCACUUCCGACAAGACUUCAUCCAGCUUUCAACUCAGCUCUCGGCGGUCGUCGCAUGCCGCUGCUCGCCGACGCAGAAGGCGGACGUCGCUCGACUGAUCCGGGCACACACGAAGAAGCGGGUCUGCUGCAUCGGAGACGGAGGAAACGACGUCUCGAUGAUUCAGGCGGCCGAUGUCGGCGUCGGCAUCGUCGGCAAGGAGGGCCGACAAGCGUCGCUCGCCGCCGAUUUUUCCGUCAACCAGUUCAGCUACCUCACGAAGCUCCUCGUCUGGCAUGGCCGCAACUCGUACAAGCGUAGCGCCAAGCUCGCACAGUUCGUCAUCCACCGCGGCCUGAUCAUCUCGGUCAUUCAGGCCGUCUUCUCUUCUGUCUUCUACUUCUCGCCCAUCGCCAUCUACCAAGGGUGGCUCAUGGUCGGCUAUGCGACGGCCUACACGAUGCUGCCCGUCUUCUCGCUCGUCCUCGACCGUGACGUCAACGAGGAUGUCGCGCUGCUGUACCCGGAGCUGUACAAGGAGUUGACAAAGGGCCGCAGUCUCUCGUACAAGACGUUCUUCACUUGGCUCAUGAUCUCGCUGUAUCAAGGUGGCGCCAUCAUGCUUCUCUCGCUCGUCCUCUUCGAAUCCGAGUUCCUCAACAUCGUGUCGAUCUCGUUCUCGGCGCUCGUCGUCAACGAGCUGGCGAUGGUCGCGGUGGAGAUCACGACUUGGCACCUCGCGAUGGUCGUCAGCGAGGUUCUGACGCUUGCGCUCUACGUCGUCUCGAUCCUCUUCCUUCCCGAGUAUUUCGACCUCUCCUUCGUCUCGUCGCCAAGCUUCCUUUCGAAAGUCGCCCUCAUCGUCGCCAUCUCCGUCUUCCCGCUCUUCGUCAUCAAGUACUUGAAGAGCAAACUGGCACCGACCGCGUAUGCGAAGCUGCGGGAUUUCUGA